GGUUCAUUUGAGAUGUAAUGGUCUGAAGUCGUUUGAGCAUCAAGGUUUUCCCUGCUUCUUCUGGACCGAGAACUAGUAGAAUACAUCAUCAGAUCAAGAUGGAUGACGAUCAGUUUGUGUCUUCCCUGGAUGAAGAAGAGGAGAAAGAAACRCUUAAGAACCACCAAAAUGGUUCUGCAGAAGAGGGGGAUCAACUGGAUGAGCAUUCUGAAUUUAUGGAUCAAACKUCAUCUCUAAUGUCGUCCAUAAAAGUCAAUGAUGAAGAGGAAAGUGAUCGUCAUGUCAAGGACUUGUACGUUGUAGUUAGUGACCCUGAGAAACAUGCUGGUGGUUAUGUGAGUUAUAAUGUCAAUACGAAGACAACGAGAGGUCAGUUUGAUCACCCUGAAUACAAUGUAAGAAGGAGAUACCAAGAUUUUCUGUGGCUACGGCAGAGGUURCAGGAGAGUUACCAAACGCAUAUCAUACCUCCUCUCCCAGAGAAGCACUCAUUCACCAAGCACUUUGACAGAUUUUCACCAGAGUUUUUAAAAGCAAGGGAACAUUCUCUCAACAAGUUUAUGCAAAGAAUAGCAGAUCAUCCGGUCAUUUCAUUUAAUGAAAAUCUACAUAUUUUUCUUACUGCAAAGUCAUGGGAGCUUACUUCAGUCAAAAAAUCAGGACCUGGUUUAAUGAGUAGAAUGGGAGACUCCAUGCGCAACAUGGCAUCAUCAUGGAUGCUUAAGUCCAGAGACCCAGAUUUCCAAGAAAUGGCUGACUAUACAAAGACAUUUAGAGAAAAGAUGACAGCCAUGGAAAAUAUCUCUGAUAGAAUUGCAAAGGAUAGAUUUGAUUUACUUGAAGACAUCACAGAGUUUAUUCCCAUAUUCCGAUUAUGGGCCAAUUCAGAGUCUAAACUGGCAGACCCAUUAACAGCAAUGGCUGAUGCUCUAGAGAAAAACUCAUCUUCUUUGAAAACAUUGCUCAGAGCACAGGAUCCUAAUUUCAUGGAGCCUCUUCGUGAAUAUGUAUUAUAUACUGAUGCUAUAAAGAGUGCUUUAAAGAGUCGCGACAGUGUGCAGAUGGAGUAUGAAGUCACCUUAGAAGAAUUAAACAGAAAAAGAGCWGAACGUGAAGAGCUUGACAAGCCAGCAAGUGGAGGGGGAGGCGGGAGAUUCAGCUCGCUUUUUAGUAAAGACACAGAGCAGUCAAGACAAGAACGCAGAGAAAAGCUAGACGCAAACAUAGACGAGCUCUCCAAACUCGUCGAAACGGGCCAUGAUCGAAUGGAGUGCGCAAACGUAGACCUWAAGGCUGAUAUUGAGCGAUGGCAUAAAAACAAGAAACAAGAUUUUAGGGAAUUAUUUACAGAUUAUGCAGACAGACAUGUGGCAUAUCACGAUGAGUGUUUAAAAGCAUGGCAAACGGUUCUACAGCAACUGAUUGGACAAGAACAUGAAGAAGAUAAUGACGACCAUAAAGACGAAUAAUACUUAACAAUGCCGAUAAACUAUCGAAAUAAUGAAAAAAAGAUUUUAAGAAUGAAUAGAUUGUAAGUAAAGAGAAAACGAAUCUCCCCGCAGUCUUUGUAUGUAAUGCCAUGACUACUAAAUAAUGAUAACAGUGAUCGUAGAUGCAGGAAAUCUAGCAAACAACUAAGCAAACGAACAAAGAAACUUGGGAAGACAUCACUAGUAAAUGUACCGUAUACAGUAAAGACAUAUACCUAGUUCAAACAAGUUUGUUAAAUAAAAUGGUGAGUGGCAAUUGUCGAA